AUGGGGGAUGACAGUGAGUGGAUGAAGCUUCCCACUGAUCAAAAAUGUGAACAUAAGGUUUGGAAAGCAAGACUGCAUGGCUAUGAGGAGGUCCUGAAGCUCUUCCAGCGGAUCAGUGAUGAGAAGAGUCCAGAAUGGGGGAAGUAUCAGGGCUUGAUAAAGAAGUUUGUGACAGACUCUAAUGCUGUCGCCCAGCUGAAAGGACUAGAGGCUGCUCUUUCCUAUAUAGCAAAUGCACAUGUAGCUACAAGGACCGUUGGUGAAGUAGUGUCUGGUGUGGUAUGUAAAGUAUUUAACCAGCCAAAGGCCCGUGCCAAAGAACUGGGAACAGAUAUCUGCCUCAUGUAUAUAGAGAUUGAGAAGGGUGAGGUUGUGCAGGAAGAACUCCUCAAAGGGCUUGACAACAAAAAUCCCAAGAUUGCCUUAGCCUGUGUGGAGGUUUUACGGAAAGCGCUCAGUGAAUUUGGAUCAAAGAUAGUGUCACUGAAGCCCAUACUGAAGGUGCUGCCCAAACUCUUUGAGUCACGAGAAAAAUCCAUUCGGGACGAAGCUAAACUAUUUGCUACAGAGAUAUACAGGUGGAUUAGAGAAGCCGUGCGACCUUCUCUCCAAAACAUCAACUCUGUACAGUUGAAAGAGCUGGAGGAGGAGUGGGCAAAGCUGCCAGCAUCGCCCCCCAAACAGAGCCGUUUUCUUCGCUCUCAGCAGGACCUCAGAGCCAAAUACGAGCAGCAGCAGGAGAAUGGAGGAGGUGGUGAAGGGGAUGGUGAGGAGUUGGAAGAAUCUGCACCUGUGGUUGAUGUCUAUGAACUUUUGGAGGCAGUGGAGAUCCUCUCUAAGCUCCCAAAAGAUUUCUAUGAGAAGAUUGAGGCUAAAAAAUGGCAGGAGAGGAAAGAGGCCUUGGAAACUCUGGAGGCUUUGGUAAAGAACCCAAAGCUAGAAGCAGGAGAGUAUGGAGAGCUGAUCCGUGCUCUCAACAAGGUUAUCGGUAAAGACACCAAUGUCAUGCUGGUGACGCUGGCUGCCAAAUGUGUAGCUGGACUUGCAUCAGGACUCAGGAAAAAGUUUGGCGUGUAUGCCAGUCAUCUGGUACCUACAAUACUGGAGAAAUUCAAGGAAAAGAAAGCUCAAGUGGUUCAGGCCCUGCAAGAGGCGAUCGAUGCAGUGUUUCUCUCUACUACCCUUCAGAACUUGAGUGAGGAUGUUUUGGCUGUCAUGGACAACAAGAACCCUUCUAUCAAGCAGCAAGUCUCUUUGUUCCUGUCCAGAAGUUUCUGCCACUGCACCCCUGCCACACUCCCUAAAAGCCUGCUGAAAUCCUUUUGUGCAGCACUAAUUAAGCAAGUAAAUGACUCUGCGCCCGAGGUCAGGGAUGCAGCAUUUGAGGCUCUUGGCACUGCCAUGAAAGUGGUUGGGGAGAAAGCUGUUAAUCCUUUCCUAGCUGACCUUGACAAACUCAAAGUGGACAAAAUUAAAGAAUGUGCAGAAAAGGUGGAGUUGGCUGGAGGGAAGAAAGGGGCUGGGGCAGUGAAGGAGAAACCUGCCUCUAAAGUUGAUCAACCUCCACAGUCCCAAGCCAAGCCCUCUGGGCCUCCCAAGAAACCUACAGUGGCCAAGUCGGCAGGACCAGCCAAGAAGGUAAAGCCAUCCACCUCUGCAGCUGGAGGUGGUGCCAGCAACAAGACCAAGAAAACUGAAAACAAAGAAGUGAUGGAGGCUGAACUUUCUCCUGAGAUAUGCGAAGAGAAGGCGGCAGCUGUUCUUCCUGCGUCCUGCAUACAACUGCUGGGCAGCUCCAACUGGAAAGAAAGGCUGGCCAGCAUGGAAGAGUUUCAUAAGGCUGUUGAACAGAUGGGCAAAAAUGAGAUGCCAUGUCAGGCUCUCGUUCGCAUGCUGGCCAGGAAGCCAGGCUGGAAGGAAACCAACUUCCAGGUAAUGCAGCUGAAACUGCAAGUGGUGGCCGUAGUGGCUCAGAGAGGUUUGUUUUCUAAGACAUCUGCUCUGGUUGUGUUGGAUGCCCUGGUGGAUAAAAGUGGAGAUGUGAAAUGUGGAGUCAAAGCCAAGGAGGCCCUUACAGCCAUAGGGGAAGCCUGUUCUCUCCCAUGGACUGCAGAGCAGGUGGUGUCUUUGGCUUUUGCCCAGAAAAAUCCAAAGAACCAGGCUGAAAUUCUCAGUUGGCUGGCAAAUGCCAUAAAGGAAUUUGGCUUCUCAGGCAUAAAUGUGAAGGCCUUCAUCAGCCAUGUCAAGACAGCUCUUGCUGCCACCAAUCCUGCUGUGAGGACUGCUGCCAUCUCACUCCUGGGUGUGAUGUAUCUGUACAUGGGAGCUCCAGUGCGCAUGUUCUUUGAAGACGAGAAAGUGGCCCUUCUCUCACAAAUAGAUGCAGAGUUUGAAAAGAUGAAGGGUCAGACCCCCCCAGCCCCCUGUAGAGGAUCUGUAAAGAGAAGUGCAGAGGAGGGUGGAGAUGUGGGAGAGGAGCAGGAAGAAGAGGCAGCAGGAGGCAGUGAUGUUGUUGACCUCAUUCCCAGAACAGACAUUAGUGAUAAAAUCACCUCUGAUAUGGUGUCAAAGAUUGGCGAUAAGAACUGGAAGAUUCGAAAGGAAGGUUUGGAUGAAGUGGCAGCUGUGAUUUCAGAAGCCAAGUUCAUCAAACCCUCGGUGGGGGAGCUCCCUCUAGCCCUGAAAGUUCGACUCUCGGAUUCCAACAAAAUCCUGGUUCAGCAAGCCUUGUCCAUCAUGCAACAGAUGGCUGUAGCCAUGGGCCCUGCCCUUAAGCAGCACGUCAAAGUACUGGGCAUCCCCAUCAUCUCUGUUUUGGGAGACAGCAAGAACACAGUGCGAGCGGCAGCCCUCGGUACACUGAAUUUGUGGGUAGAGCAAACUGGGAUGAAGGAUUGGCUUGAAGGGGAUGAACUGUCUGAGGAGCUGAAGAAAGACAAUCCUUUUCUCAGACAAGAGCUGCUGGGUUGGUUGGCUGAGAAGUUGCCAGCCCUGCGCUCUGUGCCAUCUGAUCUAAUGUUAUGUGUACCACACCUAUACACUUGUCUGGAGGACCGCAACGGGGACGUCCGAAAGAAGGCUCAAGAUGCAUUGCCCAAUUUUAUGAUGCACCUUGGCUACGACAAGAUGAACAAGGCCACUGGAAAGCUAAAGGCUUCGUCUAAGGACCACGUGGUUGGUUUGCUGGAUAAAGCAAGAGCCAUUAUGCCUCCUAAACCUGCUGCUACCACCAAAGCAGCAGCAGCCAACCCUGCUGUCAGUGGCACUGUGAUCAAAGCCCCAGCAGCUAAACCCCAGUCAGUUAGUGAGGAAGUGGUGGAGGCCAAAGCAGAAACCAAAAAGGUCAAGCCUGCAUUAGGAGUCAGUGGAAAGAGGGUUUCUCAGGAGCUGAACACUAGCACCAACUCCAGUCUGAACAGCAGCAUGGAGAAAGACAAUAGUUUCAAUGGUAAAUCUAAAAACAGCUCCAAGGCAAAGCCCAGUAAACAGGGUGUUGUUGGUAAGAAACAGUCAUCAAAGACGAAUGCUGAGGAAGAUAAGUCUGGUCCUGUCUUUAUCUUGGUUCCCAAUGGCAAAGAGCAAAGAAUGAAGGACGAGAAGAACCUGAAGGUGCUGAAGUGGAACUUCAUGGUUCCGAGGGAUGAGUAUGUGGAACAGCUGAAGACUCAGAUGAGCGUGUGUGUGGCAAAGUGGCUGACUGAAGAACUUUUUCACUCAGAUUUUCAGAGACACAUCAAAGCUAUUGGAGCCAUGAUGGAGCGCUUGGAGGCAGAGAAGGAGGCCACUGUAAGCUGCUUGGAUCUGAUCCUAAAGUGGUUCACUCUGCGGUUCUUUGACACAAACACCAGUGUACUGAUGAAGGCUUUGGAAUAUCUAAAGCUCCUUUUCAUUAGUCUCAGUAAUCAGGACUACCAUCUCAGCGAGUAUGAAGCCAACUGUUUUAUCCCCUACCUCAUCCUCAAGGUUGGAGAGCCAAAAGAUGUUGUGCGUAAGGACGUGCGUGCCAUCAUUUCCAUAAUGUGUAAGAUUUACCCUGCCAGCCGAGUUUUCCCCUUUCUUAUGGAUGGCACAAAAUCCAAGAACUCCAAACAGAGGACUGAGUGUCUUGAGGAGCUGGGUUCUCUAAUAGAGUUUUAUGGCAUGUCUGUUUGCCAGCAGUCAGCAGCAAAGUCACUCAAAGAAAUUGCUGUUCAUAUUGGAGACCGUGACACAGCUGUACGCAAUGCUGCUCUUAACACAGUGGUGAUUGCAUACAAUGUCUGUGGUGAACAGGUGUACAAACUCAUUGGCAAUCUUUCAGAGAAGGAUAUGAGUAUGCUGGAGGAGAGGAUCAAGCGCUCAGCUAAGAAGGCUCAGGUUAUAGCGCCUGCCAGAAACACUGAGGAGAAACAGCCAAGAGUGAUGCCUGGUCAGCCUAAUGCCAGUCUGCUCUGUAAAUCCUCACAGGAUGAAGUGCCCACAAAGCUCAGUCAACUCCGGGCCCAGAAUGCCCUGCUGGCACAGCAACAGAGUGCUCCGGUCCGUGCCGAGUUCCAGCUGGACCUGGAGCUUAUUGAGAGGGACCACGCAACGGUCACUGAACUGCCUGACCUUGUGCAGCACAAUCUGGAUGAUCUUCUGGAGCCUAUCAGUAUACCUGAGCCCAAACUCCGUCCCGUUCCUGCACAAAUGGAUGAUGUGCAAGGAAGCACAGCAUCCACUAUCAACUUUGUCAUCUCACAAGUGGCCAGUGCUGACAUAAACACCAGUAUUCAGGCCUUGUCACAGAUAGAUGAUGUUCUGCGUCAGGAAGGCAGGGAAGAGGUCAUGGUGGGUCACACUGAUCAGUUCCUCAUCGCCACCCUUAUGCAACUGAGGCUCCUCUCCAGUACACACAUGGCCAAUGAACGACUUGACAAACAUCAAGUUUACAAACUGUACAGCUGUGUAAUUGGGUCCAUGCUCACUUUGUUUUCAGUGGAGCGUGUGGCUCAUGAAGCGUCUACAGGAGUGUUGAAGGACCUGGCCCAGUCUCUCCUGAGUCUUAUGCUGGACCCCAGGCUGGAACAAAGCGAGGAUGGCCCCCAGCUUAUCCGCUCUGUGCACAUGCUGGUGGCCCGUCUGCUAGAGAAGUCUGAUCAGACCAGCAUACUCAGUGCCCUGCUGAUGCUGCUACAGGAAAGUCUUAUCUCCACUGCUGGUUCCCCUAAAUUCUCCGAAAUGGUUAUGAAGUGUCACUGGCGUUUGAUAAAGUUCCUCCCUGAGCGGAUUGAAAAUAUUAAUCUGGACCGGAUACUGCUGGACAUCCAUAACUUCAUGAAGGUCUUUCCCAGAGAGAAGCUCAAACAGCUGAAGAGUGACAUGCCUCAUCGCACAGUCAAAACCCUGCUGCACACGCUCUGUCGACUUGUGGGACCCAAGAUUCUGGACCAUAUGAGCCUAAUUGAGAACCGCAGUGAGUCAGAACUGGAGGCUCAUCUGAAGAAUGUGAUGAAGUCAUCUUCUGUAUCCAAACAGGAGAAACAGCUUACACGGAUGGUGCCAAAAACCACUGAAGAUGAGGUUCUUAACAAGAUCUUCAAGAAAAUCUCAUCCAAAGAAAACUCCAAAGAGGGCAUGCGAGAGCUAUUGGAAUUCAAGCAGAAGCAUCCACAGAUGGAUUUGACACCCUAUCUUAAGAAAACCCCUUUAAGCAUUCAGACCUUUGUGGAACGUGGUCUCAACUUGAAUGCAGAAAAAGAAGGCAAGGCCAGAAUGAUGACCACUAGUGGAGGUUAGUUGUGUUGUGUUGUUACUUUUGUGUGUCCUCUGUCCCAGGGCACUGGAAGCACAUCUCAGCUUACGUCCCAGAACGUGUCCCUUGACCCCUCCUUCUACAGGGAGAGACUGCAAAAACUGAGGCAGCUUCAUGGUUUGGAGAGCAGUUCAAAGCCAGUGGAUGGUAGACCUGCUCUGACUGCAUUGAAUUCUAAACUGGUGGCGUCCUCUUCUUUGGACCUUCUGCAUUCCCAGCUCUCCCAGCUCAGAGAGUCUCGUGAAAAAAGCAGCCAGGAACCCCUGCCUCGCAGCAUCCCUGUAACCAGUGACCCUCCCCCCAGCCUCAGUGAAUUCCAGAGGAGACUGGAGAGGCUGAAAGCUGGCUUACACUGA